AGAGAGAGAGAGAGAGAGAGGUCGGUUUUAAGGGAUUUGAGUCAUUGGGUUUCUCUUGGAGCUUUUUUCCUAACUGGGGUUUUUGUAUUUUCUCAGUCUUUGAUCGUAUUAAGCUGUUUUUCAGAUCUUUCUGAGGAAGAAAUCUGCAGGAAGGAGCUGUUUUCUGAUCUUGGUAGCUGAGAUUUUCUCUCAUCUCGAUUCAUACGUCUCUAUCACUCAACAAGAAGAUGGAAGAAGAGUUGGAAACGGCAUCGGGUUCGGAUGAGAGAUCUCUUCCUGAGAAGAGAAAGCAAAAGAAUGCAAAGUUCGUGCUCAAGAUUAAGAAUCUGAAAUCCUAUCAGCGGCAUGGAUGUGAUGACGAUGUCGGCUUCGCCAGAAAGGAUUUGGAUUGUCGUGUGAGAGCUGGCGGUUCUGAUCGAGUAGACAAUUUCCAGCUCAAGAAUGAUCGAGAUAAUGAUUUUGCAGAUGAUGCUGACAAUGUAGCCGAUGAAAAGCUCGAUGAAAGAGAGAACGAUCAGUUAAUGUCGUCCACUGAGAAAAAAUUCAUAUGUUCGGUCUGCGAGAAGAAGUUCAUGUCUAUGAAAUCGCUCUCCGGUCACAUGAGAUGCCAUCCAGAUAGGCCAUGGAGAGGAAUUCACCCGCCGUUGAUCUUUAAAAACAGCUCAUCUCCAGCAGGAUCCGAUUCUGCAGGCAGGAAUUUGGAUGAUCAGGUCGAUUCAGAUACGAUGACGGAGAGCUCUGCUUCCGAUCACUUACGAUCACUGUCCAGCUGGCCUGUGACUGCAAGAAGACCGAGGAAAGUUACAGUCCCUGUCGCAGCUGCAGAGAAUCCGAAUUUAAAUGAAGAACUGCAGGAAUCAAUCGCCGACGCUGUAUAUAAUCUGCUGAUGCUUUCAAAGGGAGAUCCUCUUGAAUUGUCCUCAGUUAAGAAGAAGAAAAGGAAGGUGGGAGAUGAGGAAUUCAGAGCUGAAAACAGAGAAUUCUUGUUGAAGAAGACAGAAAUCGAUGUUUUGAGAGAUGGGUGUGAUCCUAAAUUGAUGAAUUUGGAUUCUAAGUUGGAAAAUUCAGAUGGGUUCUGUGAUGAAGACCAGAACAGUGAGGAAUCAGAGAGUAAGAACAUGAACUACAACAGACCAAUGAAGAAGCUGAAUUAUGGGUCGAAUGUAAUUAAGAAGAAGAUAAUGAAGAAGCAGAGAAAGAUCAGAGCUUUGAAGACAGUUCCCGACGAGCUUCUGACCGAAUCGAAGAAGAAACUGGCAGCAGCACGGCGAUACUAUUGCAGCACUUGUAACAAGAGCUUCUCUACUCAUCAAGCAUUGGGUGGGCACAGAGCCAGCCACAAGAAAGGGAAGAACGACGUCGGCGGCGAUCUCGAAUACGACGGCAAUACGAUCAUAGCUGCCGAUUACUCAGGUGGCUCGCCGCGGUCCCAUGAUCAAUUGCCAAAGCCAGCUGCAUCACUUCACCAGUGCAAGAUCUGUGAUAAGUCCUUCCCCUCAGGUCAGGCCCUCGGUGGCCACCAGAGGUGCCAUUGGAGUGGCCACCCCGAGCCGCCGGCGAGCUCGAUCACGUCACAGGAUGAUGAAACGAAGGCAGGCCGCCGAUCGGCUGCAUUACAGGACGAUGGAACGAAAUCAGGCCACCGGAUUCUUGAAUUCGACCUCAAUGAGCUGCCGCCGAUGAUCACAGAUGAUGAUGAUCAGACAAUGGGCCUUGAUCAGGAGUAUGUAUCUCACUAACACAAUUCAGUAAGUGAAAUUCAUUACUAGAAUUGAGUAAUUUGGGUCUGAAAAAUCCUAAUUUUGGGUUUUGAGUUCUGUUUUCUCUGUUCUAAUUACAAAUAUGAGUGUGUGUAGGGGUGCAGUUCAAUAGCAGUGUGAAACAAUUUCUCUGUUUUUUUUUUUGAAGUCCUUUAUUUGGAGGGUAUUCUUGUCAUUUUGUCAUUCAGCAGCUGUGUGAUGAAAAGAAGAUCCAACGGCUCUGAAAGGUGGACAGGAUAUUGUAAAGAAGCUCUAUGUACAUAGACUUUUGGCUUUGCUAUGAAUUGGAAGUUGAAAAUAUAGCAUUUUAUGAUAAA